AUGGUGCAACAUCCAACGCUUCUUUCCAAAACGAACGCAUCUUACGGCGCCGUAUCAACCGACACACAACCAAAGAAUUUUGUACCCAGCCCUCGUCGUCGCCUUACUCAAUGGUACAUCAAUAUGGUGCUCAUCAACUUUGUCGAAUUUGCGGCUGAAUCCUCGCGUGGUGUGGUAUUGGCUACACUUUUUCUCUACACCAAGUCACUGGGUGGAGAUUUGGCCUUCAUGGGUCUAUUGACGUCACUCUUUUCAGUAGGAAGACUCAUUUCGUCCACGAUCUUUGGCUGGAUGUGCGACCGCUACUCGUUUCGCUCGGUCUAUCUCGUGUCGUCGGGUAUCUGCCUGCUCGGCAAUCUCAUUUACCUUAUGGCAGACAUCUAUGUAACUGACAGCUUGAUGGUAUUGGCUGUAAGUCGCUUCAUCGUGGGCUUUGGAGCUGGCAACCGUAGUGUCUGUCGUGCCAACGUCGCAGCAAUGACUACCGUCCAUCAGCGCUUGCGGUAUCUAACAAUUCUGGCAACGGUCGUAUUCCUCGGCUAUGCGUUGACGCCAGGGCUCGGUAGUCUCGUAGCAGAAGUGGAUGUGCUCUUUUGUGGCAUGCACUUUAACAAGUUCACCUCGCCAGGCAUGAUCCUUGCGGUGUUCAAUUUGCUAACGAUUAUUGCCAUGCUGACCACAUAUGACUCGUCCAUUAGCAUCCACGAUGGCCCACUCGAGACCCCGAACACCGCUGCCACGAAAAAUACCUUGUCCAACUUAACAUCUAUGCCCGAACGGAUUGUGCACAUUGGUGCUCUAGUAUUCAUCUUCCUAAACUUCACUGCUCGUGGCAUCCUGUCGGUAUUUGAGACAGUGAACAUCCCACUGUUUCUUCGGGCGACAGGUAGCGAUCCUAACAGUGUCGCCGCUGUUGUGGACGCCUCCAAUUUUCAGUUUUGUUUGGGUCUACUGGGACUCGUUACGUACUUCUCCAUCGAAUACUUUCGCAAGUACAUCACGGACGUCAGUUGGGUGCAACUUGGAUUUGUGUUUUUGCUUUCUGGAAAUGUUUUACUGGUGGUGAUGUCUGCUUCCGUGACGUUUGGUCGUCUGGCAGUUGCGGAGCUUUUGGUGUGGAGCAUCGGCUGUCCGAUCACGACCGCGGUUGUAGUGGCUGCCUUCUCUAAACUUCUUGGUGGUCGGCCGCAGGGUACGCUUAUGGGUUUGCUUGGCUCUGCUGGUUCUGUUUCGCGCAUCCUUUUGCCGCUUUUGCCUGCGGCCAUUCCGACGCUGACUCCUGUCUUUCUGAUCAAUAUCACGCUGUGUGCACUUAGCAUUGCGCUGCUGUACUGGUAUAGCGGUGUGGUUUAUAGGACGAAGAUGGCGAUGCUUGCUGAUGUCGAGAACGCGUUUCGAAUCACAUCUCCCCCGAACGAUCUGCGUUCACCAUUGGGUUCCGAUAAGCGAACGGUUGUGCUACAUGGAGUUGAUUCGUGCUGUCUGCGAGCCGCUUUAUCGUGGGGUUUAAGGCUGGCAAUCGACCCACUGUCUUCGCUUGGCUCAGAUAAGGCAGAUUUCCUGGAUAAGUAA